GUUCGUGUUCCAUUUAAAGUUGGUUUUCCGUUGAAAGCAAAGGAUGUUACUGUAGAAUUCGGUAAAGAAAAAUUGAAAGUUGGUCUGAAGGGACAUGAGCCGAUAAUCGAUGGUUCUCUGCACGCUGCUGUAAAGGUUGAAAGUGCAACUUGGGUUAUAGAAGAUCGGAAGGUUAUUGUGCUUAGUUUGGAAAAGAUGAAUGGCAUGGAAUGGUGGAAUCGGUUGAUGACAACGGACCCGGAAAUAAACACCAAAAAGGUGCAACCUGAAAACUCAAAGCUUUCUGAUUUGGAUGGUGAAACAAGACAAAUGGUUGAAAAGAUGAUGUAUGAUCAGAGGCAGAAGGAAUUGGGAUUACCAACAUCGGAAGAGAAGAAGAAACGAGAUUUAUUGAAAACGUUAGUUCUUUUUUUUUUCAAAGCACAUUAGAUACUUCCGAGUGUGCUACGCAGGAAAGCUAGCAUUUAGUGCUGAAAGAUAACAAAAGAUCCCGUGGAUCUUAUUUUCA